UCGUUGCUGGCCCCGCCUCGUUGCUCGCAGCGGCUGCUCAGUUUCUUUUCAGCUUGGCUGUCGCCAAGUAUUAUCCUCCCGCACGCACCUUGCACCCGAAGUCGCCACCUACGCCCAGCGCCACCGGGAUCCCUCCUCCCCAAAGCUCCGCCACCAGUGGGAUCCACUUUCUCCGUGCAUCCCCCCGCACGCACCUCCCCGGACGCCGCAGAAUCCCCUCCACCACCAUGGCGUACCCCCGCCGAGAUCCUUCUCAACCACCGGCCAUGGCGCUCCCCUCCCCGAGAUCCUGCCACAUCACCGGCCAUGGCGGCUCGGGCUCCUCUGCAGAGCCGGCUCUGACCCGCUCCCUCGAGGCCGCCAUCGCUCUCGUACCUUGCGCGGCCUCGGACAUCUUGCUCCACCAUCGGCCAUGGCGGCUCGGGCUCCUCUGCAGAGCUUGCUCCGGCCGCUCCGUCGAGACCGCCGUCGCUCUUGCGCGCCCCCAAGGCCGCCUCCCCCUGCCUCCUCCAACCGGGGAGCCCCCAUGGAGGUCGUCGCCUCUUCGCCUCUAUCCAUCCGCCGCCGGAUCCACCACCGGUGUCCUCCAGGGAGCCCGCCAUGGAGGUCGUCGCCUUUCCGUCUCGAUAAGUUUGGCGCUAGAUCCACAGUGGACCCGCCGUGGAGAUUGUCGCCUCUCCCGUAUCGAUCCGUCUGCCGCCGGAUCCACGGCAGAGUAGACGAGAUCCGCCGCCCAUUCGAGCGGUGCUGUGGUCCUUCAGACCCGGGCGUUGAUGCUUCAAUGCCGCUGGUCUCCCUGGGUCUUUGCUUUUUUUGGAUUCUUCUUUUAUUUUAUUUUUCAAGGGUAGCAAAUCUGGAGUGCGGGUUGACGGUGGCCCCUGCCGCGCAUGAAUCUGGCCCUUGCAAUCUCCAGCCGCCGCCUUCGCUCGAGCCACCGCGCCGCCCCCAGCCGCUCGAGCCACCGCGUUGACCCGAUCCAGAAGCUGGGCUUGAGCGGCGGCGCGACGGCGGGUCGAGUUCCGGCGGAUUCCGGCGGGGCGACGACGGGGCAGAGUUCGGCGGCGCGCGGCGGCGUUGCAGGGCGUGGCGGCGCUGGAGGUGGAUGAGAUUGGGGUUCAUGGGUCGUUCGUGUGGCUAGGUUUUUUUUUCUUUCCAGGGGGACCGCGGGUUGAAUUCUCAAAACGGCAGGGUUCAUUUUGUAAUAACGAAACGUUUUCUGAGAUAGCAACUUAAAAAGGGACUGCGGGUUGAAUUCUUGAAAAUAGAGGGGCUUUUUUGC